GUCUAAGCGAGCCAAGUAAAUGAACGAUGUUGUAAAAAAGGAGUCAAGAGCUUUUAAGAAAAAAAACAUUCCAAAGUGUGUUAAAUGGAAUAUUGAGUUACCAGGAAAAAACUGAAACAACCAAUAAUGAUGGACCAACAUCGAGUGAAGUAAAUAACGGACAAUAUUCACAAAGUGAAAAGAUGGAUACGACAGAUAAUCCAGUUAUGAAUAUAUCAGCAACCUUUGAAAAUACAUAUUCCAUUUACAUCGAUACCAAGUCACUUCAAAACAGAACACUGACCGAUGUAAAAGAUGAAGUUAACGAUAUGGAGAUCUACAAUUUGGCCAAAAUGAUGAGAAACGUAUUUAUUCCAAUAAUAGUUUUUGUGGGAGUUUUCGGAAAUUCAGUUUCCAUGUCGGUUUUCACCUCCAAUUAUCUGCGUCGAUCCUCUUCCUCUACGUUUCUGGUGGCAUUAGCUUGUACUGACAAUGUGUUUUUGAUCUGUCUCUUCCUUUCUUGGUUCGACGGCUCCGUGGAUAACAUCCUGACUUCUGUGAGAAUAUGUCAGGUUAUCUCUUAUCUAACAUACGUCUCCAGCUUCCUGUCUGUCUGGUUUGUGGUGGGAUUUACAUCCGAGCGAUACAUCGCGAUUUGUCAUCCGUUGAGGGCCAAAGUGUUCUGUACGCAGGUGCGAGAAAGGGUUGCUGUCGUCAUAUUCGUGAUGCUCUCGGUUGUUUUGUACAAUUUCGCUUCUUGGACAACUGACGUGUACACAUCAAAUUCCAUCACAAGGUGUACCUACAAGAUCAACUACAUACAAUUUCUGAAUGUUAUCACGUGGGUCGACACAGUUGUAACCAUGCUAAUUCCAUUCACGUUAAUUUUUUUCAUGAACAUGCGUGUUGCCUGUACAGCAGCAACCUUUCAGGAAAAAAGGAAAGGUUGCUUAACGCCAAGAGAUGCCAAGCGAGUCAAACAUAGAGCUCUUCGUUCAAAACAACAAAUGAGAGUGACGCGGACUUUGCUCCUAGUCUCCACUACGUUUCUUGUUCUGAAUUUGCCAAGCCACGUGUUCAAACUUUCCUCCCUCAUAUCUGCCUUUGUGAGCCCGUCAAAUGCCUACAACAUCAGCAUGGCUCAAUAUUUCAUACAAGAACUAUCUCAAAUAGUCUUAUAUGCCUCUUUCAGCAUGAACUUCUUUUUGUAUGCCUUGUAUGGGAAACAUUUCCAACGAUCACUUAGUUUCAUGUACGAGUCCUCGAGGCUUCGCUUAGGAUGUAGUGACAGGAUUGAGUACCUGGAACGUACUAGCACUCUCAGAAGCUGGACGUAACUUUAUGAAUUUUGAAGUUUAUCUUUAGAAUUCCACUAAAUUGUUAAUAGUUCCCAUGACACUGUGGUUUCAUCAAUAUCGUGGUAAUCUUUGUAGAUUAAAUAAAAGUAAUAUAUUCCAGGAUACUAUAUUUUGUGGAAAUGAUACUUUCAAUUCAAUUUGUUAACAUAUAGUGCCCUUUGAAUAACUUUAAUUUUGAUAUCCUGGAUGAGGUCAGCAACGAAAUCAACAAAGUUAUAAAUUUGUCGAAUAAUGAUGAAACCACUCGUAUUACAUCCGGUGUGUUGUUAUUCUUGAAGUUGUCUGUUGAACAAUUUUGUUGUAUUAUUUGAAUUGUAUGUAAUUCUGAUAUUUGCAAUAAAAAAUGAA